AUGCGUCGUGGUGAUGGGCUCAAUUUCGAAAAUGUGCCCUGGCUGACUCUGGCUUUUUUCCCACUCUUACAGGUUCGAUACGCUGCCACCGAGAUCCAGCCCGCGAAGUCGGCCCGCGCCCGCGGUGCCUACCUCCGAGUGUCCUUCAAGAACACCCGCGAGACCGCCCAGGCCAUCAACGGCUGGAAGCUUCAGCGCGCUGUUACCUUCCUCGAGAACGUCAAGGAGCACAAGGAGGCCGUCCCCAUGCGACGAUACGCCGGCAGCACUGGCCGCACCGCCCAAGGCAAGCAGUUCGGUGUCUCCAAGGCUCGAUGGCCCAUCAAGUCCGCCGAGUUCCUCCUCGGUCUCCUCAAGAACGCUGAGGCCAACGCUGAUGCCAAGGGCCUCGACACCGGUGCCCUCGUUGUCAAGCACAUCCAGGUCAACCAGGCCCCCAAGCAGCGACGAAGGACAUACCGUGCUCACGGUCGUAUCAACCCUUACAUGUCCAACCCCUGCCACAUCGAGCUCAUCCUGACCGAGGCUGAGGAGGUUGUCCAGAAGUCCGAUGCUGUUGCCGAGCGUGAGCACCUCAGCUCGCGCCAGCGUGGUGCUCGCCUCCGCAAGGCUAUCACCUCUGCUUAA